AUGGGUGCAUCAGGCUUAGGUUUUGGUUUAGCAAAUUGCAUUAAUCUCUCAAAUUUGACACUUCACCUUAAUAAGAAUUAAAUUGGUGCAAUGGGUGCAACAGGCUUAGGUUCUAGUUUAGCAAAUUGCAUUAAUCUCUCAAAUUUGACACUUGACCUUUAUAAGAAUUAAAUUGGUGCAAUGGGUGCAUCAGGCUUAGGUUCUGGUUUAGCAAAUUGCAUUAAUCUCUCAAAUUUGAGACUUAACCUUUAUAAGAAUUAAAUUGGUGCAAUGGGUGCAACAGGCUUAGGUUCUGGUUUAGCAAAUUGCAUUAAUCUCUCAAAUUUGACACUUCACCUUAAGUAAAAACAGUUUAUUUGUUUUGGAUUGUGA